AUGGCUUCCAAUCAUCUUCUCACCGUCCUACUCGUACUCGUCUCGGUCUUUCUAACUUCCGGACACUCUCUUUCCACAAGAGAUGCUGUCAUGAAACAAGACGAUGAAUCAUAUCUUAUGGCUACGGGUGAUCAAGGAACGUUGAUGAUCGUUGUUGAAGAUCAAGCGAAAGCUCGAAGUCUUCAAGCUCUAGUCACUGGCUCAAAAGUGGUUGCGGUUUCUAAGGAGUCUUCAUCCACGGGUAAACAAGCUUCUCUAAACUAA